CGUCCCGCGCCGGCUCUCGAGUCCCCGUGUCUCCCAUACGCCGCUAUGUCCAGCGACGAGCUGGCGCGCAAGCUGCAGCGCAGACUCCAGCAGUGGGGAGCGCUGGAGGGCUCCCCGGAGCCCUCACCCCAGCCGGAACGGGAGCCGGAGCCGGAGCCCGAGCCCGAGCCCGAGCCCGAGCCGCCUGCCCGGGCGCCCACUGCCAGCGCCGGCGCCGAGCUGAGCGCGCAGCUGAACCGACGGCUGGACAUCAACGAGGGCGCGGCGCGGCCCCGCCGCUGCAAGGUCUUCAACCCCUACACCGAGUUCCCGGAGUUCAGCCGCCGCCUCAUCAAGGACCUGGAGAGCAAGUUCAAACAGUAUGAUGCCGGGCGGGAUGGCUUUAUCGACCUGAUGGAGCUGAAGCUGAUGAUGGAGAAGCUGGGGGCCCCCCAGACCCACCUGGGCCUGAAGAGCAUGAUCAAGGAGGUGGACGAGGACUUUGACGGCAAGCUCAGCUUCCGGGAGUUCCUGCUCAUAUUCCACAAGGCUGCGGCCGGGGAACUGCAGGAGGAAAGUGGGCUGAUGGCCCUGGCAAAGCUGUCUGAGAUCGAUGUUGCCCUGGAGGGCGUCAAAGGUGCCAAGGAUUUCUUUGAAGCCAAGGUCCUGGCCUUGUCCUCUGCCAGCAGGUUUGAAGCGGAGCUGAAAGCCGAGCAAGAGGAGCGGAAGCGGGAGGAGGAGAAGAGGAGAAUCCGCCAGGCAGCCUUCCGGGAGCUCAAGGCCGCUUUUAGCACAUAGUCGGGCAACCACGACCUCUGUCCACAGCUGUGCCAGGAGAGAGUUGGGCGGGCUUCCUCACCCCAAAUGACCCCUCACCCCAGCCAGCUUCCACAACCCACUGUCAAGCAAAUUCCUAGCCCCAGAGGGGCAGCAGGGGGCGCUCCCACCCCCACGUGAGAUAGACCAACUGUUCCCUUGCCUCCCUGUCCCGCCCACCCGCACCUGUUCCUUGUCCCUUCCACAUCAAAGAAUGGAAAUCAGUUGUACAGAUCCUUCUUUCUUUGGUGGUCCUCAGAGGAGGUAGUCCUGGGAGGCUAUGGUGUUCAUGUUGCCCAUUUUCUUGGGUAAUUCUCUGCACCUCUCUCCUCCCCUGUGUUUCCCAUCAGCUACCCUGUUCUCAUUCUUAGCCUGCGUCUGCCAGUUGCCUUUGCACCCGUGCCCUCCUUUCAUGGCUGUGAGGUUUAAGGCAGGCCAGGCUGGACCCCUGCCUGUCCCCUCUCCAACGGGGUGUGGCAUGCUGCCCAGAUGACACAAAAUAGUGGAAAGAUAAGU